AUGGCCGCGCCGGAGCCGCUGCGGCCGCGCUUGUGCGUCCUGGUGCGCGGCGAGCAGGGCUACGGCUUCCACCUGCACGGCGAGAAGGGCCGCCGCGGGCAGUUCAUCCGGCGCGUGGAGCCCGGCUCUCCCGCCGAGGCGGCCGCGCUGCGCGCCGGGGACCGCUUGGUCGAGGUCAACGGCGUCAACGUGGAGGGCGAGACGCACCACCAGGUAGUACAACGGAUUAAGGCUGUGGAGGGGCAGACUCGACUGCUGGUGGUGGAUAAGGAGACAGAUGAGGAGCUCCGCAGGCGGCAGCUGACCUGCACCGAGGAGAUGGCCCAGCGAGGGCUUCCACCAGCCCACGACCCCUGGGAGCCAAAGCCUGACUGGGCACGCUCGGGCAGCCUUGGCUCCAACUCUGGACAGAAGGAUAUCAAUGGGCCCCCAAGAGAGCUACGCCCUCGCCUCUGCCACCUGCGAAAGGGACCCCAGGGCUAUGGAUUUAACCUACACAGUGACAAGUCCCGGCCUGGCCAGUAUAUCCGCUCCGUGGACCCGGGCUCACCUGCCUCCCACUCGGGCCUCCGUGCUCAGGACCGGCUCAUCCAGGUGAAUGGGCAGAACGUGGAGGGGCUGCGCCAUGCUGAGGUUGUUGCCAGGAUCAAGGCACGGGAAGAUGAGGCCCGGCUGCUGGUGGUGGACCCCGAGACUGAUGAGCACUUCAAGCGGUUGCGGGUGACACCCACUGAGGAGCAUGUGGAAGGUCCACUGCCUUUACCAGUCACCAAUGGGACCAGCCCUGCCCAGCUCAAUGGUGGCUCAGUAUGCUCAUCCCGAAGUGACCUACCAGGUUCAGACAAGGACACUGAGGAUGGCAGCACCUGGAAACGAGAUCCCUUCCAUGAGAGCGGCCUCCACCUGAGUCCCACUGCAGCUGAAGCCAAGGAGAAGGCCCGAGCCACCCGGGUCAAUAAACGGGCACCGCAGAUGGACUGGAACCGGAAGCGCGAGAUCUUCAGUAACUUCUGAGCCCCUUCCUGCCUGUCUUGGGGGGAGGGCAGGCCUCUCCAUGCACGAACCUUGGGCCUACCUAGAGCUCCCCACGCCUCAGUGGACUGGAGAGUGGAGUCUCAGCCACCUAGAAACCGACUUGUGCCCCAUAAGCCCGUCUUGCCCCCUGCCAACUGGGUACUGGGGCCAUUGCAGCAAGAGGCAGGGGUGGGGGGGGGAGAGAGAGAGAGAGAGAGAAAGAGAGAGAGAGAGAGAGAGACACCUAGAGAUGCUAGAGAAAGAGAGACAGACAAAACAGAUACAAAGAGAUGGUGAGAGAGAGAGGGAAAAACUGUGUGUGUGUCCUACAAGGGCCUUUGCUGCUCUGUCCCGGGCCUGCUGAAUGAAAGGAAUUUGUUUUUGCUUUUUUUUUUCCCCCAAAAAGAUCUCUAGUCCACACGUGUUUCCAGUUAAUGCCGGAGCCCCCCUCCCCCAGCCCCUCGGGACACACUCUCUAAAUAAUUGCAAUAAACCUUUCUCUGCAACCCCACUCCCCCCUCUGCAGCGCCAUCCUGAGCAUUCUCCCGGGACUUCAGGGACCUCCAGGCUCAUGCAGGCUUGUGGCUAGGGCUGGGGAGGCCGGCUGCCCCUGUAGGAGCUGCCCUCCUGCCCCAUCCCUGGCGGGGGAUGGUCCCCAGGCCAGGCCUCUGCUCCCUGCUCAGCUGUGCCUGUGCUGGUCCCACCCUGCCAGGGUCUGGACUGUGGAGUCAGGGCUUUCCAAAGGCCUGAGGAUGGAGGCCCUGUAACUCCAAGGGUGGCCUCUGGAUAUAGGCCUCUUGUCCUGUACCACAGCUCCAAGACCUGGAGAUUGUGGGUAUGUGGGAGCCACCCCCAGAAAGGACCCUGGGCUCUUGGGCCUAACCCCUGCCUUACGCCUACCUGGCGCCCACCUUCAUGGACAGACAUGCUGUCAACUGCUCUUUCCUCAGUGCUCCAAACCCCCAGACCAAAUGACCGGCACUGCUAUCUGCCUCAUAAGCCAUAGCGCAUGUGCGCCCUUGGAAUAAACAGGCCUUGCAUUGGA